AUGCUUUUCUCAGCACUGGCUCUUAUCGCUGCAUCCGCGACAGCUGUUGUCGGAUGCCCCCAGCACUCGAACCACAAACGAUCACAUCUGCAAGGGCGCCAGACCGACCCCAAUGCAAACACCACGCAAAACAUCUGGGCAUACGAAGCGUCUUUCAAUUGGGGCAAGCUGAGUCCUGACUACCGCCUCUGCCAAACCGGAACACAACAAUCUCCAAUUGCUCUCUCCCUCGGCAAUGGUCUAUCUCUCAACCACGUUCCAACCUUCAACUAUACCGGCUCAGUUCCUGGCAACUUCUACAACUGGGGCUAUGGUCCUGCGUUCACAGUAGCCCACAAUGGAGAUUGGACAUCGCAUCCCAGCUUCACUUACGACAACGAGACACUCUAUCUUAAGGGUUGGCAUAUUCAUGCCCCGGCCGAUCAUUCCGUCGGAGGAGACCGCAGCAAGGCCGAGAUGCACUUCGUCCACGUCGAUGCAGAGGGCCACGAGGGCGCCGUCUUAGCCUUCCGCCUUGAUCCUGGUAAUUUCAACAACACUUUCUUCGACCAGCUCCCUGCGAUGAUUGGGUUCGACGAGAUGCAAACAGAGGAAUCCAUUGAGAUGGAUCUCUCGCUUGCUAUGGAGUCGGUGCAGUACUUCAACGAGUUUUGGAGUUACCAGGGCAGCUUGACCAGCCCGCCUUGCCAUGAGGGUAUCAGGUGGUUCAUUGCUAGGCAGAUUAUGUUCACUGGUGUGGAGCAGAUGCAAGCGAUCUUGGGCGCAAGCACAUACUCAGCAAGAGCUGAGCAAGAGGUUUGGCAGCACCGUAUCAACGAGUAG